CCGUCCCUAUAAAGGCCGUGGCGGCGGCAGGGCGCGUCCCGAGCCCGCUCCGCUCGGUGUCGCCGCUGUCGCUCCGUGUGUCCCAGCCCAGCCAUGCCGCUGCCCCGUGUUCCCCUGUGCGCCGCGCUGCUGCUCGGCCUCCUCCUGCAAGCCGCCGCCGCCGAGUCGGUGAGGGAAACUGAAACCAUGGAUGCUGGAUGGCUGGACUACCCUGCCUCUGGGGACCUGCCAGAUGAUGAAGACAUUGGUGAAUUCAGGCCUCACUUAACCUCUGAUGGGUUAGAUAUAGAUGAGACAUCUGGGUCAGGAGACUACCCAGACUCUGAAGAUGGCUUGUAUCUGACCACCAUGGAUACCCCUCUGAUAUCUGACAACUAUAUCCCUGGAGAUACUGGCAGAAAGAUAGAAGGUGAGAAGGAAAACACAAUGGUGGACAAUGAAAUCAUUCCAGACAAAGCUGUACCUCUGGAGGAGAACCUGUCCAACAAGAUCUCCAUGGCAAGCACAGCAAACAGCAGCAUCUUUGAGAGAACAGAAGUCCUUACAGCUCUCAUUGCAGGAGGAGCAGUGGGUCUCCUGUUUGCCAUCUUCCUGAUCCUGCUCUUGGUCUACCGCAUGAAGAAAAAGGACGAGGGCAGUUACGACCUGGGCAAGAAACCCAUCUACAAGAAGGCCCCCACAAAUGAGUUCUAUGCCUAAAGCUCAGCAGCACCUUGUGCCCAUCAAGGGACAAGCAGACUGUACUGAAACACUGUGCCCUCAGAUGAGAUGUGCUGAACAAAUGCUUUUUUUUUUUCUUUCCUAUUUUUUUGGAUUGAAUUUCAAAGUGACUUUGAGAAAAAACAAACUUCCUUCGUGACCCUUCCCAUCCCACUCAGCUAACAAGGGCCCAAUGAAAUACAAAGAGUCUGAAAAAAAAAACCUCAGUGUAUUUUUUUUUCCAUAAGUUAGCGUAAAAAGAGUAAAGAUGCCAAAUUUUCUGCUUGGUUUUAUAGAGGGUAUAUAAACACAAACCAGACUGUAUGGAAGCAAACACCAUGUGUUUGCAUCCUGCGUGCUGUCCUGGGAUUGGCUGCUUCCAUAGAAGAUGGCUUAUUUUUUUUUUUAUAUAUAAAUCUUGCUACUAGAUGUCUUGCAGCAGGCUGUUGAUGUGAAGCAUUUUUGUGGAGAACUAUUUAUGAAUCUCUUACACUACAGAUAAUGUUGCCUUAUCAGGGAGUAAAAGGCCCACGAGGGCUCCAUAUCCCUGAAUGCCAUAAAGGGCCUAUGGGAAUGUCCUCCCCAGGAGAUUUCUGUCUUUUCCUGUUGGCCCCAGGCAAGGGUCAUUAGUCCUUGAAAUCAGGACAGCCAGUUGUGUUUGGCUAUGGCAACACCCUUUCCUUGCCUUCAGUCUCUUACCUUUUUUUAAGGAUGGCUUGUAGGAUUUUUUUACAUAACAAAAUUUUAAAGAAAAUAGCCUAAUGUUUAUAUAAAGUUUGUAGAAAUUGUUUUGAAAUAAUAAAAAAAUAAUCUACUUUUUUAAUUUCCUCAGAUUUAUUUUUUCAAUCCCUUUGUGUUUCCUUUGGCCGGGCAUUUCUCUAGAGAUGCUGUUUUAUAUGAUUCCUAUUCUGAACUGAAGCAGAGUUAGCUACAGAGUGUUACAGGUUUCUUCUAGUUCUACAGCAGCUACUAUAGAGGGUAAAGAUAUUUAUGGUUUUCUCAUAACUUUUCUAGGAUUUUUUAAAAUAAAAUAGAAUUAUUUAUAGUUUCUCAAAUGGCUGCUUUCUCAUUUGGUAACUUUUAUCCUUUUUAUGUAAAACACUAAUAUAAUGAGUCUCUGUGAAAACUAUUUAAGCUUUAUUCUGUGAAUUUCAAUUACAAAUUCAAGGCAAUAACUUCUGUAUGCAAAGUUGGAUGCAUAAAUAUGAUUGAAGUAGGGAAAAGACAGGAGUAAUCCUAGGCUGUAAUAUAUUUCAAUCAGUCCUAUAGAGCUAUAUAUUAUAUAUUUUACUGAGAUAUAUACAGAUGAGAAUGAAAAGGCUGGAGUUAAUUCUUCAGCAGCCUUAUGGUGUGGUGUGUAAGAGGCUUUUUGAUCUUGUUUGUGCUGCUGUUUGUCCAAUGUCUUGUGUGGAGCACCAGGGGCUUGGGAAGGAGCCUGGGGCAUCCAUGGCUGUGUCCAGAUGUGCAGGGCUGGAUGCACAGAGUCAGAGAGCAGAGAUCCCCACCUUGAGCUACCCUUGGGAGCUUGCAGGAUGGAGGUGACAACUUUCUGUGCCCUGUGGUGCUGUGCCAAGCCCUGCCUCAGGGCAGGCUGCAUCUGAGCUCUGCAUCUCCCACAGGGGCAGGCUCUGAGCUCCCCUGCUCUGGAUCUCUAACAUCCCCUGUUUAACCUCCCCUGAGGGUGGGAGCAGCCCCCAGUGUCCCAGAGCAGAGGGUGAUGUGUGCCUGGUGCCAGGAAGGUGUUACAGAACCAUGAGCAAGCUGGGUCCUCCUGCAUCUCCCAGUCUGACGUGGUGUGAGACAAAAAUCUGUGUGUGGCUCCCCAAAGUGAGCACCUGAGCAGGCAGCACUGAGCCAGGCAGUUGCAAAGGCUGGUUGGAAAUCUUCAUGGCUCCUGAAAGCUCCUUCCUGAGGCUUUGCUGUGGGCUUGAGGCCAAAUCCAGAGAGGAGAUAGAAUAAAAUGUGUCCCCUUGUCAGGGUGAGGCAGGAAUGUGUGUUGAGACAUCAGGGCAGAGGAGAGAUCCUCCUCUGGGUGACUCAGUCCCAGUAUGAGUGUUUUUGGGAAACUGGGGGCUCUGGGAGGCUCUCAAAGCUGCACAGAGUUCACAGGAGGCUGGAAAGGAGAGGGAGGGCUGUACUGCCUGUGGACAGCACUGCCAGGCAGGCAGGAGCUGUGGCUGCUUCUCGGGAUAUUCACAUUCUCUUGUGUAAUUGCUCUUGGGGAUUUUCCACUGUUACUGGUUUUGUUGUUUUUUUGUUUUUUGUUUUUUUUUCCCCUCAAAUAAAUGGUACUUUCUAAAACUGGC